GGGGACGCCGGGGCUCGCGCGGACGGCGGCGGCGCCGGGCGCGGGCGGGCGGCGCGGGCAUGGACGCCGAGUACCCUGCCUUCGAGCCCCCGCUCUGCAGCGAGCUCAAGCACCUGUGCAAGCGGCUCCAGGAGGCGUACCGGGAGCUCAAGGAGGACCUCACGCCUUUCCGAGAUGACCGCUACUACCGGCUGGCGCCCAUGCGGCUCUACACGCUUUCCAAGCAUCACUUCGUCCUGGUGUUCGUCGUCUUCUUCGUCUGCUUCGGCCUGACCGUCUUCGUUGGGAUCAGAGGACCCAAAGUGAUCCAGACUUCUGCAGCUAAUUUUUCACUAAAUAAUAGCAAAAAGCUAAAGCCAAUUCAAAUAUUUUCCAAACCGCUGUCUACAUAUAAUCAGCAGCUAUGGCUGACGUGUGUUGUCGAGUUGGAUCAAUCAAAAGAAACAUCUAUUCAGACAACCUUCACCAUGACUGUUAAGGUUGAUGGUGUGGCUCAGGACGGGACCACCAAGUUCAUCCAUAACAAAGUUCACAACCGGACGCGGACGCUCACGUGUGCAGAGAAAUGUGCAGAAAUCAUCGUGGCUCACCUCAGCUACCUGAAUUACACUAAGUAUACAGUGACGGUGGGAUUCGAACACCUGAAGCGCCCCGUCAAGGAUUUGAACUUCACCUGGAAGACUUACGACCCUGCGUUUUCCCAUUUGGAAAUCUGGUUCCGGUUCGUCUUUGUGGUGCUUACCUUCAUUGUCACUUGCCUGUUCGCGCACUCUCUCCGCAAAUUCUCCAUGCGAGACUGGGGCAUCGAGCAGAAGUGGAUGUCCAUCCUCUUGCCCCUGCUGCUGCUCUACAACGACCCGUUCUUCCCCCUGUCCUUCCUGGUGAACAGCUGGUUCCCGGGGAUGCUGGACGACCUGUUCCAGUCCGUGUUCCUGUGCGCCCUGCUGCUCUUCUGGCUGUGCGUGUACCACGGGAUCCGGGUGCAGGGAGAAAGGAAGUGUUUAACUUUCUAUUUGCCUAAAUUCUUCAUCGUUGGACUACUGUGGUUGGCUUCUGUUACCCUUGGAAUAUGGCAGACAGUCAAUGAAUUACAUGAUCCAAUGUACCAGUAUCGAGUUGACACAGGAAAUUUUCAGGGAAUGAAGGUUUUCUUCAUGGUGGUGGCCGCCGUGUACAUCUUGUACCUUUUGUUCUUGAUCGUGCGGGCCUGCUCCGAGCUGGGUCACAUGCCUUACGUAGAUCUCAGGUUAAAAUUCUUGACUGCAUUGACUUUUGUCGUGCUCGUCAUCAGCAUCGUCAUCCUUUAUUUAAGGUUCGGAGCACAAGUAUUACAGGACAAUUUCGUAGCUGAACUGUCGACUCACUACCAGAAUUCAGCUGAAUUCUUGUCUUUCUACGGCUUGUUGAACUUUUACCUCUACACUUUGGCCUUUGUGUACUCGCCCUCGAAGAACGCCCUGUAUGAGUCGCAGCUGAAGGACAACCCCGCCUUCUCCAUGCUCAACGACUCGGAUGACGACGUGAUCUAUGGGAGUGACUAUGAAGAGAUGCCCCUGCAGAACGGCCAGGCCAUCCGGGCCCAGUACAAGGAGGGCUCCGAGAGCGACUGAGGCCCGGCCGCCCGCCGCUGCGAGCGCGCCCCGGCCUGCCUUCCCCGGAUGCGUCUGACGCGCAGAGACGCCCUGGCCCUCAUUCGUUUACACGUUUGAAAGGAAAACCAAAACUGAGGGCCAAUUUAAAUGUUGGGCCUAAAUUUACCAUCACACUGACGGCAUUUAUUUGGGAAGAGAGGCCCUGACAAAAAAUUUUAAGACAGCCAAAUCAUUUUUUCAGAGAUUCCAGCUGAUGAAAGACAAGCUGUUUUCAAUGUUAAGAAAUCAUUCCUGUUCUUAGUAGAGAGAAUUACAUGCUUUAAAAAAAAGUUUGCUGAUUUUGAGUUCCCGGAAGGCCUUUGUGAAUGUGGCCCGCAGCAUGGUGGCGUUCCCCCUUCUCGCUUCCUUUCUCUCCUGCCCCGUGGCACCAGUUGUCCACCCUUCAGAGGGAAGCCCGUUUCUGAGGUGCCCCACGAGGGUGUUCCUUCCCCGCAGGCUGUUGAGGGGGCGAGGGAGGCUGGGUGGGCAGGUUCGAGGUGAAGACUGCCACCAAAGCAGAGCCAGGGUCUCGGGAGUUCUGAGGGUUCGACAGGGUUCCUUAAGGAUUGACAGGUCGUCAGCUCCAGUUGACAGGGAAGGGUCUCACUGUCAAGAGUCUUUUAGAGGCCUGUGAGCCUUACAUCGUGAAUAUGGAUGAGGCCCUUGUGGGUGGGGUGGGGAGGAGGGUACCCAUGAAAUUCCAGUGAGCAGUAGUAGCUCUGUUAAGGACGAUAUUCCUGUAGAGCUUUCUUUUUUUUUCCCCAAUAAAAGCUAAACAAGUGACUGAUAACAAUACUACAGAUUCGUUAUUGCCAAAAACUUCUUCAGCUUCACAUUUGGAAACUAGGUGCAAGAAGGUAACACAUUUUUAGAUGGUUUAUGGAAGAACAUCUCUGGGGAGAAGGUAACUUGUGGGGAAUCAUUCCUGCCCUGUGAGCCUCACACGGUCGUCAGGUAAACGGGUGAACUGCUCUGCGUAAGUGCUGUCUGGAGCUGCUGAAUCCAGGAGAAGGCCCUGGAGACCCCCAGCUCCUUUCUGUCAAGGCCAAGUGUGGGAGGUGGAGCUGUCUCCUCUGCCUUUCCUCUGGCGUGCACACUCAUCUCUUGAACGGUUCACCUGUGAGCACUGCAGACAUCCUGAUGCCUGCCAUCUGGGCAGACACAGCAGGUAGGGACGUGAUUGUUCCACCCUGCAAACAGCACCUCCACUGUCUCCAUCUGUGCAUCAGCUCUCCAGCUACCAUGCAGAGCUCAAACGAUAGUCCGCUUCAGGUAGCGCCGGGGCCUUAGAGAGCUUCAUGAAAGACUAUUUAUUAUGACUUCGUACUUUUCUUCUUAAUUUAACGUACCUUUAAUAUGGAUUCCAUUUAUAUUUGUUUUUAAAACCCUGUAAAUAAGAAAGUUUGAAUUCAAACAGUUGUGUUGUUGCAAGGGUAAUUCAAGUUUACAUGGUUUUUACAUCUGCAAUGAUUCUUUUUUUGAUUCUGUAUAUUCAGAGGUAUUAAAAUUUUUUUGUUACCAAACUUACUUCUGUUAAGACUCACUAUAAGUAAUUUUAUGUAAACUGAUGAAAAGUUACUUGUGCUGAUUAAUGUAUUCUAGUAUGUUAUAGUUUACAAAUUUUAAUUGUUAUAACUGUCCAUAAUUUGGAAUGUUUUUAUCAGUAAUUGUAAAGUAUCUGAGGCAUUUAGCUGUACACAUUUAGGCAUUUUUACAACUUAUCCUUGUCCUGUAGUGUAACUGUUAACUGAUGAUUGAUCUUCGUACGUUGAUUCUUGAUAGCAUCAGGUCAGUGAAAUGAAAAAUAAGGGAGUAUUUAUUAACUUUCUGUAACUAGGUUGGGAACAAGGAAGUUAAAAAAGUAAUUUAGGGGGAAAUGGUUCUUUAUUAAAUCAUGCAUUUUCAAUUUAUCUUCUCUGGUGUAUCAUAUAUGUCAACAUAUUACAUCUUCCAUGUAAAAAUGUGCUUCAAGUAUAUAGCAUUUAGCAUGUGCUAUAGGUACUAGGUUAUAACACUAAAGUCUGCCAGCAACCUUAGAUGGUAGCAAGAAAAUUAUUUAUUAUUUUUUUGGUCUUGGAGGGUUAUCAGAGUACUAUAAACUAAAAUUAAAAAUCCAAAGGGCUGACUUUAGUUCUUCCAUGGUAAUGGCGUGAAUAACAUCAUCUUGGGGAUGAUUUUUUAUACUGGUCUAGUCUGGGGAAUCUGGAAGAUGACCACAGGCCUUUCCGUUUCCCUAGAGAGAGCUUCAUUAUCCAUGAGGAUAAAGGUCCGCUUGAUUUAUUAUUAAAUCAUUAAAGCAGCACAGUGAUGCAGUUUUCUCUCUUAAGCCCCAUUUGAAAGGCUAAAGAAGGAGAUAGAUAAAAUAUAUUCAAGGUUUGUAAGAUUGUUCCUGUACAUAAUUACAGAUUGCAGUAAAAGUUCAGAUUCAGUAUGUGAAGCCAGCUUGCUAAAUGGGCAGGUUACAGGACAGAUGUCACCAGCCUCAAGUAUUCUGUGAACUGUUUACUCAAGGUAGAGUUAAUGUUCAGUAUGUUAUGACGUGGUCAGUAGCUUAUUUCCUGGAAUCCCCUUCACAGGUAGAAACACUGAAGCUUAGAGGGGGUGAUGAAAAGGGACAUCUCGUUGAGGACUGGAUGUAGGACCCAGGAAUGUAUUGCCAGACUAUGAAACAGGAUUUUCUGCUACUGAAAACUGCCUUUUUACAAAAGGACUGUAAAUGUUUGUAAAAUAAAACAACUCUAAACCUUAGGCUCAAUGGGAAAGCUAGAGCUGAAUAUUAGACCUUGGAAGUGUGUCAGCGAGCACACUACCCUGGGUUACAGAACCAUCACUGUAAUCAGAAGUCAAUAAACGUUUAUUUACGGCAGA